GCAAUUUCUUUGGACGUCAGCUACGGCAGUUGACGGUACACUUUGAAACUCUAAAGACGUGAUUAGCGCUUCGUCCAAAAGACUGAUUACGGGUGUAAGCUUAACUUAACUUAACUCUCGCUCGCUGGCACUCAUACAAACGCAUUCGUGCAAAAUUAAGGAAAUUCAACAGAAGUUUUACUUUUGGUUGAAUUCUUCCUAAAAAAUACAAACAUACAGAGAAAAUAACAAAAAAUUAAUUAAAUUUUCUCUUAAUCUUGUGUGUAACAAAAAAAAAAGUGAUUAAUUAGUCAUUAUGUUAAAAUCAAAUAGUUUUAAAAUAUUUUCCCUGCUCUUUGUGGCGGCGUAUGUAGUAGCAGCACAAAAAGAAGAGUUCACCUGUCCCUCGACCAUAGCCAAUGGCCAAUAUGCUGAUCCGGCCACAUGUCGUCGUUUCUAUCAGUGUGUUGAUGGUUUCCCUUAUUUAAAUCGCUGUCCUUCUGGUCUUUAUUUUGAUGAUUUACAGAAAUUCUGUACCUUCAAAGAUGAGGCCAAGUGUGGUCCUUUAGCAACAACACCAGCAACCGUAACCGAAGCACCUGCUGAUUUAGCGAAAAAAUGCGAUACAAGCGAAUGUCAACUGCCAUACUGUUUCUGCUCCAAGGAUGGCACACAAAUUCCCGCUGGCUUAGAGGCGGAUAAGAUCCCCCAAAUGAUUAUGCUGACUUUCGAUGGUGCUGUCAAUUUGAACAACUAUGACCACUAUUUGAAAAUAUUCAACGGUAAACGCAAAAAUCCAAAUGGUUGCAAUAUACGCGGCACCUUCUUCAUGGCUCAUGAAUACAGCAACUACCAACAGAUUCAACAUCUUGGAUAUGCAGGACAUGAAAUUGCCACCCAAAGUAUUUCCCAACAACAGGGCUUGCAAGACAAGGGCUACGAGGAAUGGGUUGGUGAGAUGAUUGGUAUGCGCGAAAUUUUGCGCAAUUUCGCUAAUGUUUCCGUCAAUGAGGUUGUUGGUAUGCGUGCUCCCUUCUUGAAGCCUGGUCGCAAUACACAAUACAAGGUCUUGGAAGAUUUUGGCUACAUCUAUGACAGCUCUAUUACCGUUCCCCCAGUACCUGUGCCCGUCUGGCCCUACACCUUGGACUACAAAAUCUCUCACGAAUGCAAGAGUGGCACCUGUCCUUCCAAGACAUUCCCCGGAGUUUGGGAAGUUCCUUUGAACACUCAUUAUGUUGAGGGCUAUGAGGGCGGCCACUGUCCCUUCUUGGAUCAAUGUGUGUUGCACAAUUUGGAUGAAAAUGAAGUCUUGGAAUGGUUGCAAGAAGAUUUCUCACGCUAUUAUGAGCAAAAUAAGGCUCCCUAUAUGAUGCCAGUGCACACCAAUUGGUUCCAGACUAAACCUUUGGAAAAUGGCCUGCAUAAAUUCUUGGACUGGGCCUUGGAACUUCCCGACGUCUAUGUGGUCACCAUUUCCCAAAUGUUGCAAUACAUGACCGAUCCCAAAGAGUUGCGCGAUGUCAGUCAAAUCGAUGCCUGGAAAUGUGACAAAAAUGUUGCUGUUGCCUCCAAGCCCUGCAACAUCUGGAACACCUGUGCCUUGCCCUUCAAAAUUCCCGAACAGAAUAUCACCGAUACCCGUUACAUGGAAACUUGUCGCGAAUGCCCCAAUGUCUAUCCAUGGUUGGGUGAUGCUGGCGGUACUGGCAUUCAAGGUCGUGACAGUUAUAUCUUCUCAGGACCCGUUCAGGAGGCCGAUGGUGAACCCGUAGAAGAGUAGACGAACAACAACAUCAUAAAGGCAGUUUAGAGAAAGAGUGCCAGAAACCCAGAAACUAAAGGAACAAAUUUCUUUUUUUUGUCAAAAAAUUUUUUUUUAUCUCAAAUGUUUGCUUUUCUUUUUUGUUAUAUUUUUUUAUUUUAAUUUAAUUAUUAUGAGAGUUUUUUUGUUUGUUUUUUUUCUCCUUCGAGAAACUUAAUUUUGUGUUUAAAACUUGACUUUUGAUAAAUUGAAAAAUAGUUGUUA